CCCAGAAAACACAGCCAAGCCAGAGACCCAGGACAGGAGUGACACAGACACUAGAGAAGCCAACAUGCAAACAGUGAAGCCACAGGUCGGACACUCGCCUCAGACACAGCAGCCAACAGAGACACAGGGUGACAUGAGUACUGAUCAAGUAAACCCACCACAUUUUCCUGAUGCAGCGAACAUUGGCAUUGGGGCUCGACCACGUUACCAAACUGAUAACCUUGUACAUAGGACACUUGAACAAUUGGUAGCAGCGGUGGAAGGUAUUCAGCAGCAGGCACAGGAUGUACAUGAUUUAAUCAACACCACGUAUGAACAAGUCACCUUACAACCUAAUGGAGAGUACGAUCCUUUUGCAAAUUAUUUGAACAUUUUGCCUUUCAUAACACCAGACUUUCCAGAAUACAGUUCUCUCGUAAACAGACUUGCCACCUUUACACAGAGCAGUUGGCCUGCUGACAGUCAUGUGACGUCAACAGCCCUGGCGGAAAAUGGCUUUUUCUGCACUGGUCACCGAGACGUCGUGAUAUGUUUCCAUUGUGGGACCGUAUUGGCACAGUGGAAAGAGGGCGACGUUGUUGCGUUUGAACACGCCACGUACUCACCGUAUUGUGGAUUCCUCUCACGGUUGGUUGGACCGAAUUACAUACGCCACGUUCAAAACCAGUUACACUCAGUAAAUGAGGUACCUGAACAUUUUAAGAACAUAAUCAAGCCACAUGGACAGUCCGAUUCUCUAAAACCAAAACAAACGAGUCGACCUGUUUGCAAAAUUUGUUUCGAACGUCCAAUUGACCUUGUGGCAUUACCAUGUUGUCAUAUGACUGCUUGUACACAGUGUUUGUCAACCCAGAAAAACUGUGGUGUGUGUAGACAGUUGAUUAAGUACGUACUAAGAGUUCUUUUCUAGAUACUCGAAAAAAAAUGUCAUCGAACAAUGUCACCCUUGUCAUUCAUCGAAAUAAA